AUGCUACGUAUCCCUGCACUUCGAGACGAGAAUGGUCGGGAUUUACUCAGUGAUGGCACAAGUUCCAACAAGAGCAGCCCCGCAGUCGAGACGGAGUGGAUGAGCGAUGCUAUCCGUGCAUUCGAUUGUGUUUGGCAUGAUCCAGCAAGGAGAAAGCAGCCCGGCUGUUUCCAACCUGGCAACGGCGGAUCUAGCAGGACUGCUGUAUCUCAAAAUAGACAGACCCUGGCCUCAGACACCUACCCUACUCCAUAUAGGAUGAUAAAACUGGAGCAGUCUCAUCAAUACUGGCAUACGAUGGAACACCCCUAUCAGCUUUCGCACGACACAAUAUCCCAAUUCUACAGCCCGGAUUGUUUGAAAGAAAAGCUGCUCGGCCCGGAGAACUACAAGGAUUGGACGGGCCGGAUGAAGAACCCUGAGCAGUGCGGUGGAUUGUGGAUCACUGAUGCUGAUGUUGAGGAGGCGAUACACAUCAGCUUAAGCACACAACGCAUCUAG